GCAGAGGAACUUGUUCAGAGUGAACCGGGGACGCUGGGAGGCGAAAUAAACAAUCUCCGGGACUCCAAGUAGCCACAGCAGCUCGGUUUCCACCCUCUUCGAGCACACAAAUCACCCAUCGAUCCAACAAAUACAAGGUUACAGGUGUGCUGGUAGUGAACGUGCAGGAGGCCAGUCUUGGCAACAUGGUGAAGGCCCAGAAGUCAGCUGGGAGGAAGAGUUCUCUCUGUCAACGCAGACAGAGUGGUGGUGAGGCGGAGAUGGAGGAAGACCAGCUCAACAUAGACGCCCAGCAACCAUCUCAGGAGCAGCCCAAAGAAGAGGAACAAGCCCAUGAUGAAACUCAACUGGAGACCUCUGCUUUGGCUGAGGCUCCGUCGGAGAACUUGGACGAGACGGAAACCACGAUGGACAUCCAGGAAAAGGACGACUCUCCUACCCAGCUCCAGGCAAAACCGCUGUGGAAGCCCAUUCCUCCUCUGAUGCCCGAGCCCCACAGCGGUAACAGCACCGGGACCAGGGACCAAAGCUGUCAGACUGAGGACAACAGUCAUAACACAGGUCUCUGUGUGGAGCCAGGAGACCCUCCUCUGCUCCAGCAGCCACUGCAGACCUCCAAGUCCGGUAUUCAGCAGAUAAUAGAAUGCUUCCGUUCAGGCACCAGCCAGCUGAGACACAUGUUGCUGAGGGAGGUGGACACCAUCUUUGAGUGUAAACUGUGUCGCAGUCUGUUCAGAGGUCUGCCCAACCUCAUCACACAUAAAGAGUACUACUGCCUGUCACGACUGCCCGAACCCGACGGUGAUGACCGACAGAGUGUAGCUAUGAAGGACUUACUGGACGCCAUAUAUCCCCGAGCUGAACGGCCAGACUACGUUGUCCGACUGGAGCCCAUUCAGACCACUACCAAGGCUGUGUUCCAGUACCUCACCACCGAGGAGGAGCUGGCUAGAUAUCCAUCACACAACCCCAGUGCCAGGGAGAGUCCAGUGGCUUGGGAAGGAGAACAAGUGGAGGGUGUAGACAGCAACAAGCCGAGCCAGCAGGGAGGGCCAGAGAGCCCAGGGCUCAAUCAUUCACAGAGGAGAUGGGAGGCUGAGGAGGAGAAUAAAGAGGAGCAGCCGCAGCAUGAAGAUGAAGAAUCCACUAGUGGGGUUGAAGAUGUGACAAUCUCCUGUUGCCUGUGCGGUCAGGACUUUAACUCUCGCCGCAGCAUCAGGCGCCACUGUCGAAAGAUGCACCAGACCAAACUGGAAGAGCUCCGAAAGUUCACAGAGACACGUACAGUUCCCACAAGCCUACUCUCUAUGGUUAAAGGUCGACAGAGGACUCUCAGCACACCGACUGGAAAAUCCUGCCCGGUGUGCCUCAAAACCUUUGCAACUAAAGCCAACGUGCGUCGUCAUUUCGACGAGGUGCAUCGCGGCAUGAGGAGGGACACCAUCUCACCCGGCUUCGCCUCUCGGCCCGGCCAGCCCUUCAAUCUGGAGUCCACACCCCCCAGGAAGAGCAACAACUCCUCUCCAACACGUGGACAAAGCUCAAAGUCCACCCCUGUGAGCUCAAAGACGCCGCCUUCAAACCCGAACCAGUCCAAACCUCAGAGUCCGGCCCCGGCCUCUCCACAGACGACCCCUGCUUCAUGCCGCUGCACUCUCUGCAAGAGGAACUACAGCUCCCAGCUCAUGUUGAAGAGACACAUGCGUAUCGUCCACAAAAUAUACAGCAUCAAAAGUAACAAGAACGCCACUACGCCUACUCCCUCCACUCCUGCAGCCACUCCCAACAGCAGCAGCACUACCACAGCACCAAGCAACAGCGUCCGAGUGAAGGAGGAAGCAGUGGAACCUUCAGAGGGAGACGAUGAUGAUGAAGAGGAGGAAAUUGAGAGCAGCCCAGCGCCCUCUCCUAGCGGCAGCACUGGAACAGCCAAAGGUGUUCCUGUGGCACACAAGGCCCUGAAGGUAAAGGAGGAAGAGGCUCCGCCCAGCCCAAAGAUGCCGCCGUCCUCAUCUUCCUCAACCUCCCGCGGCGCAAACGUGUGCAGCGUGGUGCCCGCCAAAAUGACCAAACUCUCGGUGGGCUUUGAUUUCAAGCAGCUCUUCUGUAAACUGUGCAAGCGGCAGUUUAGCUCCCGCCAGAAUUUAACGAAGCACAUUGAGCUGCACACGGACGGCAACGACAUCUUCAUCAAGUUCUACCGCUGCCCUCUCUGUCGCUACGAGUCGCGCCGCAAACGCGACGUCCUUCGCCACGUAACGGUGGUUCAUAAGAAGUCGUCCGCAUACCUGGCCAAGAUCAUGCCCAAACUGGAAAGCCGGGCCGUGAAGAGGCUCGCCGAGGUCGUCCUCAACAGCCCGAACCCUAGCAAGAGGACGGGCAGCAGCAUCAAAGAAGAAGUGAACGGACGCCAUGUUUCUUCUUCAUCCUCUUCCUCCUCUCCCUCACCCCCGGUCACUCGCAAGCAGGAGUGCACCACAGCGCCUUCAGCCACCACUUCAACUUCCUCCUCCUCCUCCUCCUCUUCCUCUGCCCCGCCUCCGCCUCCACCUCCGCCCAUCACUCGCAAGCAGCAGGACCUUUCAUCGCCUGCGUACCCGUCCCCUCCUGUCACCCGCAAGCAGGAGAGACAGCAGACCCACCAGCAGCAUCGGCCCGUCAGCCCCCCACUGACCCGUCGCAGCGACAAGCACACGCACCAGCGCAACUCCUCCUCUGGCAAUCAAACCCCACACACCCGGCGACAGGACACCCAAUCAGAGAGCAGCGGCACAGGGUCCACUGAGGUCAGAGUGACCAGGAACUUCUCGCUCCACGCCUGCGACCAGUGUGGACGAGCCUUCGCCAAGAAGAGGUACUUGGAGUCUCACAAGCGUAGCCAUCGUAACGCAGCGACAGCAGCAGCCAACAGGAGGAAAGGAGUCAGCACCCGCUCCAAAUCUCUGGUCUGGUGAGACACACAACACAUCUGCCGGUGAUAAUGAAGGGGACAGACACUUAUGAAGAAGAAGCCGUAUGAAGUUUCAGUUAAGAAAAACAAUGGUCGAGUGGAACAAGCUCAGCAGAGAGAAACAAACAAGAGGAGUGAAGUACAAAGGAAUUCCACCUUUUGCUUUGGAACCAAAUAUAUUGUUGGAAUCCGAACCCUUUUUUUUUUUUGUAUAGUUACAUUAUGAAGCCAGCCAGCUUGCUGGACGGUGGCGCUGCUAUCAGAAGACAGACUGUAGUGACGAGAAGACUCACUGCGGCGGUUUCUAUCUGUAUUUACUUACAACAGUUUGUAAAUAGAGAUAAUAUGCAGAAGACUGACUUGUAGAGCUUUGCUCUCUGUAAAAAUCCUUCAGCAAAGGGACAACGUGAGACAAUGGAAGGACGAGUGUGUCAGUGAAGAGGGAUGGAAUCAACUGGACCGUGGCCGCCACAGAAAACUGGAAACUUUCUUUUCCCCCGUUUGAGAAAGAAAAGGAUUCACUCAUGCAGGCUCAGACAGACGCACACACAAACCUACCUGCCUUUUUAGCUCUGAGCAUUUCAGAUCAGUUGAACAGUACUCACUUCAUUAUUAUUAUUUUUCAUUUUCUCCCACAGUCUGAUUUUGUUUGAUCAGCUUUGCAGUGACCAACAGCAGCCAUUUCUUUUAUCACAGGAUGAAUUGUUUAUCGAUUGCAAGGUUUGGUCAAAGUAAGGAAAAGAAAAACCCAAAGUAUAUUUUGUUCUUCUUAAAAAUGAUGUUUGCUUCUUUUUAUUUCUUGAAACACUUCUAUCAAUUUCCACUCACUUGUGUUUGCUUGUUAUUUUCUUCCUUGUUUGUUGGACUGCAUGUGGAAAAAAAAAUGUUCAAAGGAGUUUUUCCAUCUUUGACCAACCCCUGUUCACGCUCUAACUCUUCUGCCAACGUGUUAGUCCAAAUGAUAUCUGUGUCUUAAGAUGUUCAUUAGCCUACGACUCUGAGCUAAGAGAGCAAUGCCCUGAAACAAGACAGAAUACCAAAAACAAAAGAAAUCACUGAAGUGGCACUAAUUAUGAUGGGCUGAAGGUUAUGCAAUGAUAAUACAGAUGCUUAAUGAAUAUUAAAUGACAACGGCUUUACGUUAAUGUUCUGCUAAAUGUGGAUUAUUUUUUACUUAUAACAGCUAACAUUGUUAACUCUGAGGUGUGCAACCACAGGCCAAACAUUCAAAGUAUCAAAUUAACACCUUUAUUAUCCCCUUUAUUGUAAAUCCCUUCUGCUAAUGCGCAAGAAUCCAAUUUACAGUAAGAUGGACGAGACGACUGCACAUAUUAUUGCUCCUGUGUUUGAAUACAUUUUUAUGUGGAGAGGUUGCCGUCGGUGUCACAAUAACAGUCACUCUUAUUUAAAUCGUAGCAACCAUUAACUAGAAGAAGACUUUUUCUUUUUAGUGACUUAUUGCUUUAAGUCUUGCAACUCUCCAGAAAUUCGUCCUGAUUGGCAAAAAUGCACUUUCACAGCAAUGUGGCGCCCGGUGAUUUUUUUUUUUUUUUUUUUAAAAGGCAGUCAUGUCUUAACAGGCUUGAACUGAUACCCGCUGUUUGGGAAUCUUUAGUUUGUGGUCCUCAUCCUGAUACAAUGGGGCUAAAUUUGACCACUGUGACGAAAAAGAAAGCUCAAGAGCUCAUUCUACAAACUGAAAAAUGUACAUCACACAUCACAUGCUGUUUCACAACUCUGUCAACUUGUCUUGACCUUCAUCUAUGGAUUCUCUGCUUUCAUUAUUAUCUCUGCUUGUACUCAAACUUCGAGCGGCAGCUUUUGUUGGUUUACAGCAACAGUACCCAGAGGUAGUCUAGAAACACUGGCACAUGGUUCAGGAGGAAGAUAUUGAGAAAGACCAAAUGUAGAUACGUCUUAAUGUUCAAACAGAAAGCCAUGAAGUGGAACAAAACCGGAAGAAAAUGAAAGACCAAACUUUAUUUUUAUAACUGCUGCAACAAGGUCUUGAAAACAUGUAAAUAUGGAUUCAUCCUCAACCGGAUGAUAUAAAGUAUAGUUAUUAUAUCAGUGAAAAUAGUUACUGAAUUGUACUUAACUGUUGGUUGACCAUUUCCUUCAAACAUGUCUGACUAGUUACAAUCUGUCGUUUUACGUUGUUCCACGAUUACUUUAUCUCAUUCCUUUUGAAGAAGGUUUUGUUGGAAUGAGUCAUGAAGUGAAAAGGCUUCAAACCUUGACAUCUUUUCUUUUGUAUUAAUAUCAUUUCUUUCAUGAUCAGUUGUAACAUGUUAUUAAGCUCACCUUCUACAGAAACCUGAGGAGAGUUCCAGAAGCCUUUCAGAUGUGACCAGAAUGUUAAAACGAACCACUUAAUAAAUAAAAAUGUACUGCUUCAAACCUCA